GACGUACAGCCAGGAACUCGCGCUCCAAACGACAAAAUGUCGGCCAGGGUGAGCAGCACACCGGAAGUGAGGCUUGCACGGACCGGAAGUGGAACAAAACGCCGAUGGGGAGCUGAAAACUAUGAAAGGAUGAACGACACGCCGGAAGUGACGCUGGCAUAGACCGGAACAGCGUCCAAAACCCGGAAGAGAGCGAAUAGGCGAGCGGAGUACCGGAAGUCGAGAGUGAAGACAGCGGAAAAUGGCGGCAGAACGGGAGAAAUAGCGGCGGGGGAACAGCGGAAGCGGAGCUGAAGUGGGAGCGGCCGGUGCCGCCCGGAACCGGAAAUAAAGAGCUUGAAAGAACCGGAAGUCGGCCUUCAGAGGCUUCUUGAUCCCAUGACCGGAAGUCGCGGCGGCGGGAAGCGCAAGUUGGAGCUUUCGGGGUUCGGAGCAGCAUGGGGGGAUGGGGGCGAAUACCGGAAGUCGGUCUGCGACGCACCGGAAGUCGUCGCCAAGCAACGGAGGGUCGAGGAAUGAGCGGCGCCGGAAGUGGUGCAGAAGCAGAGCGGAAGUGGCUGCGAGGAGCACGGGGAGUUUUUCCAAAGGAAGGCAGGGAUUGGUGGAGGAGCGCGCGCGUAAAACUGCCCCGGAAGUUGUGCUGCGGUGUACCGGAUGUGGCUGUGAAGCUGACCGGAAGUUGUCUGGCCGUGACGAGAGGAUUGGAAUGGGAAUGAAAGACGGCGGAGGAGGGGUACGGAAGUGGUAAUGGGAAAGGGCGGAAGUGGAAGCGAGCGGCACAGUAAGUUGUGCAGAAAGAACGCAGGGAUUGGGUGAGGGAUGAGCGGAGAGGAGUGCACCGGAAGUCAUGAUAAGAAGGGGCGGAAGUGGCGCAGUGCAGCAACGGAUGUUGUUUCUUAGCAACGUCGGGAUUGGUCGGGGAAUUGCGCGCCGCGAGAGCGCACCGGAAGUGGUGUUGCCCUAAAGGCGGAAGUGGCCGCGAGUAAGAGAGGAAGCGGUACGGAAACAACGCAGGGAUUCCAGGGAUAAGCGCGGUGGGUUGCACCGGAAGUAGUGUGGCGAGCGGGCGGAAGCGGCCCUGAGCAGCACCGGAAGUUGUCUAGAAAGAAUGCAGAGAUUGGGCGAGGAAUGAAAGGAACGGACUAUACCGGAAGUCAUGAAGCGAAGUGGCGGAAGUGGCGCUGAGCAGCAACGGAAGUUGUCCAGAAAAAACGCAGGGAUUGGGCGAAUGAUGAGCGCGGUGGGUUGCACCGGAAGUAGUGUGGCGAGGGAGCGAAAGCGGCCCUGAGCGGCAACGGAAGUUGUUUCUUAGCAACGCUCUGAUUGGUCAGGGAAUUGCGCGCCACCACAGCGCACCGGAAGUUGUGUUGCGUGAAGGCGAAAGUGGCCGCGAGAAACAGCGGAAGCGGUCCCGAAGGAACUCAGGUAUAAGCGAGGUGGGUUGCACCGGAAGUAGUGUGGCGAGCGAGCGGACGCGGCCCAGAGCAGCACCGGAAGUUGUCCCUCGACAGUCCUGGGGUUGGUGGGGAAAAGAACACGCGUUCAAAGCCCUACCGGAAGUGACGUAGGGGCGCAGCCUAAAAGAGCGCGCGUUGCAGGCCUACCGGAAGUGACGUAAGAGAGCGCAGCCGAAGCGGCUCGGAAAGGCACCGGAAGUAGCUUGGCCUAGAGCUGCACGCUGGCUCCGGGCGCGCAAACAGAACCGGAAGUCCCUCCUCCCCGGCUACCGGAAAAGGAGGAGAGAGCGGAAGCCGCCGCCAUGCCGACGGUGCUGGGCCUGGAAGGUUCGGCCAACAAAGUGGGAGCCGGGGUGAUUCGGGACGGCCGGGUGCUCAGCAACCAAAGGGCGACGUUCGUCACACCGCCGGGACAAGGUUUCGCUCCCGGUCCCGUCAGCCGCCAUCACCGCCAGAAGCUGCUGGGGUUGGUGGAGGCGGCGCUGAACGAAGCGGGGCUGCGGGGAGCCGACAUCGAUGGGGUGGCGUUCACCAAAGGGCCGGGGAUGGGGGCCCCGCUGGCGGUGGUGGCCCAUAGAGACACAUAG